CUAGCUCCCGCUUUAUAGCGCCUUUCCCGGCAUCCUUUGCUCUCUUCUGCCAGCUGCCGCCAACAUGGGUCGUGUGCGGACCAAGACCGUGAAGAAGGCCGCUCGGGUCAUCAUCGAAAAGUACUACACUCGCCUGGGGAACGACUUCCACACCAACAAGCGAGUGUGCGAGGAGAUCGCCAUCAUCCCCAGCAAAAAGCUACGCAACAAGAUCGCAGGGUAUGUCACCCAUCUAAUGAAACGUAUUCAGAGAGGUCCUGUGCGAGGCAUCUCCAUCAAACUGCAGGAAGAGGAGAGAGAGCGGAGGGAUAACUACGUCCCAGAGGUCUCUGCCCUGGACCAGGAGAUCAUUGAAGUAGAUCCUGACACCAAGGAGAUGCUGAAGCUGCUGGACUUCGGCAGUCUGUCCAACCUGCAGGUCACCCAGCCCACAGUGGGGAUGAACUUCAAAACACCAAGAGGAGCCGUCUAAGUCUAUCUGUGCUGUAUUCUUUUCCAAUAAACCUGGGAAACCCAUA